AUGACUCGACGUCUCGACGCGGGGUCCGCCCUGCCUCCCCCGCGGAGGGCCUCGGUGCGGCUCGUGACCAGCCCCUGUUCCGGCGAAGGAGGGGACGAGACGGACGUGAUUGACCAGGGCGUCGUGUUGUUCUUUCCCGCCCCCCGCUCCUACACGGGAGAGGACGUGGUGGAGCUUCACCUUCACGGCAGCGUCGGCGUCGUGAGGGACACGCUGAGGGCGCUGGGGUCUCUCGGGCCGGAAUUUUCCAUGGCCGAACCCGGAGAAUUCACGAGGCGCGCCUGGAACAACGGAAAGUUCCAAGAUCUCACCAGCGUGGAAGCAGUGGCGGACCUUAUUCGAUCCGAGACCAGGCACCAGCGCAAGCAAGCCAUGGAGCAACUCAGGGGACGGCUGGGCGACCUGUACGGCGGAUGGUCGCAGAGAAUACACAAGUCUCUGGCGCACAUCGAGGCGUUUCUGGACUUUGGACAAGACGAAAUGCUGGAUUCCGAAGUGCUGUCCUCCACCCGAGCCGACGUGUCCGACCUGCUGGCGGAUAUAAAGAGACACUUGGACGAUGGCGGCGUUGCGCAGUCGAUUCGAAACGGCCUGUCCGUCUGCUUGCUCGGACGCCCCAACGUCGGGAAGUCGAGCCUGCUCAACGUGCUGAGCCAAACGGAUGCGGCCAUCGUGUCUCCGGACGCGGGGACCACCAGAGACGUGGUGGAGGUGAGAAUGGACCUCGGCGGAUACCCGCUCACCUUGCAAGACACCGCCGGCAUCAACUUGGCGCCCUCGAGCGCGGUCGAGCGAGAAGGCAUUCAGAGGGCACUUGCGAGGUUCUCGUCCUCCCACGUUCGCCUCCUGGUGCUGGACGUGAACGGCCUGCGCGAUAGAGAGAUGUGGGAGCUCGCCGAGAGGAGUCCCGAGUCGACCAUAGUCGUCGUCAACAAGACGGAUCUCUGGAGCGAGCCGAGGCCGAUCGAGGUUCCCGGCGGCCUCCCGGUCGUCGAGCUCUCCUGCGUCAGCGGGUCCGGCGUGGACCGACUGACGGAGAAGCUCAGAGAGUCGGUGGCGGGUUUGUGCGCGCCGAGUCUCCACGAGCCCGCGGUCACGAGGGAGAGGCACAGGAACCACCUCGCGUCGAGCGCGGAGGCGCUGGAGAGAUUCCUGAAGAGCGACGCGAGUCUAGAAAUGGCGGCAGAGGACCUGAGGUCUGCCGGCAGGUCCAUCUCCAGAAUCACCGGAAAGACGGACAUCGAGGAAGUUCUGGACAUCAUUUUCAAAGACUUUUGCAUUGGCAAGUAG